AUGUCUAUCGCCCAAGCGGCGGCCAAGGCCAUGCUAUCUGAUGCCCUGCUGCAGAGCAGCUCCGGGAUAAACCGGAUCAGUCACCUGGAGCUGGAGCUUCCUCUGGACAAGGUCAUCAAGUUUGUGUCCGUAGGCCUGCCACUGCUGUUGGUGAGCAUGGCCUUUGCCCGUGAGAUCUCCCUGGGGCCUCAGAUCAGCUGUUUCCCUCCCAGCAAUUUCACCAUCAAGCAGGCCAGCUAUGUCGACACAUACUGCUGGGACUCUCUUAUGCAUCAUGAGUUUGACAGCGAUGGGAACUUUGAGGAGCGCUCGCUCUGGGUACACAAGAUGUUCCCUUACUCUCUUCUGGCCAUGGCGGUUUUGAUGUACCUGCCGGCUCUAAUCUGGCGCCAGCUCGUCAUGCCCACACUAGGCUCCGACCUGCUCUUUAUAAUUGAAGAACUGGACAAUUCGUACAACCGCUCAAUCCGAAUGGCCCAGAACAUUCUGGAUAUGCGUCAGAAUACUAAGAACCCCCUCACAUUUCAGGCCGAACUGCAAAGGGCCAAGAAGAAGCGAUACUUUGAGUACCCUCUACUGGAGAGAUACAUGCAGUGCAAACAAAACUCCUAUUUCCUUGUUAGCAUGCUUUUCUUACGGGGCUUCCUCCUCCUGACCUUCAUGACAGCUGCCUGUCUCUACCUGGCCUACUUCCACCUCUCUGCCUUCCUGCAGGACGAGUUCAGCUGCUUUGUCCGCACUGGCAUGCUCCGUGAUCAGACCUGGGUUCCUGAACUGAUUCAGUGCAAAAUGAUCGGCCAGUUGGUUUUCCAGGUGAUAAGUGUGGCCAAUGGUGCUAUUUAUGUUUUGUUGGCUCCUAUCGUCCUCUUCAGCCUGAUUCGGCUCUUUGUUUGGGACACCACCUUCAUCUCUGUCUACGAGGUCCUCCCAGCCCUCGACCUCCUCAACCGGCGUAGACUAGGCUGUCCAUUGAAUGACCUCAAUGUCCUUCUGCUCUUCUUGCGAGUCAACGUAGCUCAACUGAUGUCCUAUGGGAAGGUGAGGGCACUGUGCUCGCUGGCGCCACCACAGGUGGGCAACACCACCGCAGGGCAGGGAUUGAAUGCAAUGCUGACCCAAGAGGAGAUCGAAGAGCGUGAAGAGGCUGCGAUGGAGCUGGCAGAAGAGGUGGGGGAGGCCAAGGAGGAAGGAAAGCUCAACCUAGUCGACAUCAUGACUAUUCUGGGAGCAGCACAGGGAAGAGUGGUGAACUGCAGCGAGAAGAGGCCUCUAGUGGAGGAGAAUAUGAGUCUCGGUACCGUAACUCUUAUCUACACACUCAAACGCAUUCUGCUAGUGGCUAUAUUUGUCUACAUUAUAUGGGAUGUACAGAAAAUUAUAAAGUGA